AUGGGAGACCCACAAUUUCAGGAUCUGGAAUGCCGGCAGCUCCAGGAUUUAGAAUGCCGUGGAAGGUUCUUGGGCUCUUUCCAUCCUGCCAUGGAGGACGGUGUUCUCAGUGGUUCAGGUGACCAGCUGCCGCCAGUGGAUGCUGAAAGAAGAGAAAAUGUGCAGGACAAAGAGACAUCAGUGAAAAUGAUAUUAGAUGGGAAAGGAGGGACCCCAGUGCCAGCCCCACCUGUGACCCUGGUUGAUUGGAUGCCGCCAGUCCUUACUGCUGUCAUUGCUUGGAUCCAUGUGGAUGAUGUCUUCCCUGCACAUCGACUCCACUGGGUCUCUCUCAGAAGCUUCCGAAAGAUGCCCCAGCACUGGCAGGAGGGGCAGGUGGUAUGGAAAGGUCUCUUCACAGGCACCCCUCUGCACGUGCAGCCCUCAGCCCUGCAGCAGGACAUCAUGCUGUCCAUGUCAGUGAAAAGAAAGUGGGAGAUUGGCUUGGAGCAAGAGACAGCUGGCUGCCUGGGCCCUCUGGACAGCGGCCCCCUGAGAGUGGCAAAUCAGAAACGGCGACAGGCCAAGCCCAGCCUCACCCUAGUGUGGAACACAAAACAGACCACUGUGUACUGUGGAGGAAUCCUGUGGGUUUCUGCUCCUGACCUUGAGAACAGGAAGAACCCAAGGUUCCCACUGCACUUAUCCCAAGAUGUCCAUGGUCUGGUUCAGGCCAGAAGCCAAAGGCCUCUGGCCACCCUAUGCUGCAAAACACUCACAUUCAUCUACCGGGAAACAGGCGCGAUUUUCCUCUGUGGCGUCCGUGAGAGUCAGUGUCGCUGCUGGGCCCUUACCCUGGUAUACCAGGUGGCCAGGAAGAAGGGACUCCUGCUGCUGUCAGCCUGUGCCAGCAACACAGAGACCCAGGCCUUCAGUCCAAGCGGGGCUCUGUGCCUCCAUCGGAAACACGAACCAGAUUUCCCCGUAAUGGGCUCCAUAUUUUGGCCCAGCAGCCUUAGAUGUCUGGCCAAUAGGAAAGCUAUGUCCUUCCUGCACAAUUUCAGCCCUAAGAAUCUGUGACUUUCUCUCCCUGGAGGCCUACAGAACAAGAGGAGGGAGGGCUUGAAAUCAAUAAAUAGAUUGCACACCU